CUUCGUCCUAUUCCCUUUCCACACCGCGUUUCCUAAUACUACGAAACUCGUCGCAUACCUUCACAAUGGGUGGUCAUCUCGAUCCUAAGAACGGAAUUUUCCUCGGCACGUGGGGUGACCUCGGCUGCCCUACUCCCCAGCGUAUCACCUCCUACUCCCUCUCUCCUAACCGUCAGCGCCCUCUCGCCGGCGCCGGUCACGCCGCUAUCUUCAACACCUUCCGCAGAUUCAGACACCAGGUCCUCUACGUCGUUCCUCCCUUCGUUGCCGCCUACGCCCUCAUGAACUGGGCUAUUGAGCGCAACGAGUACCUCAACUCCAAGCCUGGCCGCCUUCUCGAGGGUGGUGACGAGUAAAUGUAACGUGCGAUACCAAGGGGAUCACUACGGGGAAGACAUGUAGCCCAGGAAGAAUGCAGGAAUUUGUUUGGUGAUUGCGAUGUACAGUAACUAGAAGCAAUCGAUUGUGUUGCGUGUG